AUGGCGACGACACAGAGACCCCUAUUAUGGCUGCUCCUCAGCCUCAUGGCCGCCACGGCCCACGCCCAAGGAGGCAGCAUCAUCCCGCCGGGUCUCACCUCGGACUUCACAACCAGCCUCGGCCUCGAGGUCAGCUAUCAGGGGACGGGCAGCCGGUUCGACGGCAUCCAAGACGGCAGCACGCUCCCGGCGGCGGCGGUGGCGACGGACCCCGUCUUUGCCCUCUCGGACCAGUCCGCCGUCAACACGCGCAUCGCCUUCCUCGUCAUGAUGCUCGACACCACCGACCCGGCCGCCCCCGUGCUCCACUUCGCGCAGGACCAGUUCAAGGCCGACGGCGUGCAGACGGGCAUCUCGUCGCAGGCGCAGCCCCUGGUCGCCUACGCCCCGCCCGGCAGCCUGGGCGAGACGGGCCAGCGCCAGUACUCGUUCCUGCUCUUCCAGGAGCCUUCGGGCACGACCAUCUCCGGCCUGCCUCAGGCCGGCGAGACUCUUAAUGUCGACCAGUUCCUCACGGCGAACAACAUGAAGGGUGCCCGCGCGGGCGUUGGCAUUCUGGUCGACAACAAUGGCGGCGGCGGCGGCGGCGGAGGUGGUGGUGGUGCAGCACCGGCGCCCGUGCCGCCCGUGGCCCCGGGCACUACCCCCAUCGCAACCUUCACCUCGAUCAUCCAGACGCCACCCGCCGUCACGCCCGGAGCUCCGGCCCCUGUUGUGCCAACUCAGCCAGUCGCAACGCCCCAGCCUCAGCCUCAGCCUCAGCCUUCGGACAAACCGCGAACGUCGGAGGCGACAGGCGCGGCAACAAGCGGGGCGGCCCCUUCGGCUUCUGCAGGAGCUGGCGGCUCGGGCAGCUCGACUGGGGAGACGGGCUCUGGGAGUGGUAUCGUCACGGCGGGUGGCAGUGUCCUCGAGGCCAUCCCCGCACGGGCGCUGGCUGUGGUCGCUGGUCUCAUUGGUGGCAUCAUGCUGGUAUGA